AUGAAUCUAGCCUGGUUGAACCGCAGGAUUGUCAUCUCCAACCCGGCCAACAAUGCUGUGACUGGAGUGGCUGUGCCUGGUGCUGCAAUAGUAUGGAUCAAGUCUUAA